GGGCGGUGCUGUGGCGCCGUGCGGGAGCAGGAGCGGGGCUCGGUGCGCUCGCGCCGUUCCUCGGCCCUCAUGGCUCCUGCCCGCAGGAAGGCGGCCGCGGGCGCGCGCGGCAGGAAGCUGAGCGCCUUCCUGAAGGACUUCGACCGGGAGGGUAGGCCGCGGGCGGGCGCGCCGAGGCCCGGGCCGCGUCCGACGCCGUGUCCGUCCCCGCACUGAGGAGCCGGGUCGAGCAGCUGCGGACGAACGGGGAGCGCCUGGUCAAGGAGAUGGAGAACCUGUACGACGUGGAGCUCCUCCGGCUGCCCGCGGCGCUCCGCGAGAUGAACUGGCUGGAGUUCUUCGCUAAAGGGGGAAGCCAGAAAGUCGUGGAGGAGGCGGUGACGGUAGGUAUCCAGCACAAAUGGGAACCUUUCCCUCUUGCCUUGUGUGUUCGUGUAGGAGACGAGCCGAAGGCUUUGUGCAUCCGCAGGAGAGGAGCGCUGCUGCGAUAGCGCGGGUUACGCACGCAGCUGCUGCGUUAAGACUUAGCAGGAGGAGAUCCUGUGGUGUCCCCCGCAGGGCUUGCGUGCUCGCGCUGCUCCUUGCCUGGCUUGCCAGGCCUGCUUAAUUUCACGGGCUCGCUAAGGUUGGAAGAGACCUCCCAGAUCCCUUCCAGAAUUGCUGGAUGAUCGGGGUUUCCCCUCUGAGCCCGUGGUGGAAUCACCACCAGCCGCUUACUGCAAGUAGCAUCAGAAGCACGUCGUGUGGAGGGGACCUUUCCUUUAAACGUCCACUUUGAACUGGUAGUCAGGGUGCUAAAAGGAGCUGCGCUUCAGUGCUGAUCGUUUACGAAGCAGCUCCUCAAACUCCCUCAUGUGCUCUUAAGCCAGGCCCCAAAUAAUCGGUGCCUCCGUAGGUAGGCCUGCUGGGGCCGCAAGCUUCCUCUCCUCAAUAGCUGCCUGAGCUUUCAGGGUUCUGCGGGAGUUUGGGAGGGGAGUUCCGUGACACCGGGAGCGUCCACUUCUCUAAGUUUUCUCCUGAGUUCCUCCACACCCUCUGCCUCUCAACGUUACGCAGCUUUGGGGAAGAUCCCCGACCGAUACUGAUAGUGAAAAGCACGUUCUGAAGACGUGGCAAUGUGAACAACGGGAUUCUGUUGGUUUGAACGUUCCAGAAACUUUGAGGGGGAGAAAAGGAGAAGGGUGGGAGGAGGGAACCCGUGAAAACAUCUCUCUGCCCAUUGACAGAUUCCCUGGGAAGAAGGCAGUGGAGGGAAUGAAAGCACUAGCACCCUCGGGACUUUGAAGUAACUUCUGAGGCUCAAACUGUGCCGCGUUGUAUACGAACACCAGACGGGUGUCCCAGCUGUGCUUUUAGGGCUCUCGUAUAUUUAUUUUUAUAUACAUCUAUACACACAGAGCUCCAAAGAACAGAGUGUCAUUCUCAGAAAUGUUCCAGUAGGUUCGAAGUAACGUAAUCUCUCCCUUGCAGGUGACGCUGACCGAGCCUCAGGAGCCCCGGGCGGCACGUGGCUAGAAGUGAGAGCUCAGUCCAUCUGCAGGUGUCGGCAGCGUGCGCUACGGCUUUGUACUGGUUGGGGUGCGAGGCCGAAAAGGCGUGGCGGGCGUGGCUCCAGGCCAGCCAGGAGAUGUCACAGCACAGAUGACAUCACCCGGAGCCCGUGUGCUGUCACAAUGCAUUGCCAUGACGACGCCGGGCCCUCCCCAAGGACAGCUGGCCGCUGGCUCCAGGCGCCUCAUUUGUGAGCUGUGCUGCCCGCAGCCGCUCGCCGUGCCCUGUGCCUGAGAGCAGCCCCAGCAGCAGACUAGCUCAGCCUCAUCGCGCUCGUCCUCCAAGGCUCAGAGAGGUUUGGAGGCACAUGCCUGCCAGCAUGGACGGAGCCUGGGUGGGGACCUGGAGACCUCAUCGCCCACGCGGCCUCAUCUCGGCCCAGUUCCCCAGCCCCGGGCCCCAGUACUCCAUCCCGGGGACAACAGGUUAUGUGGGCCACAGCCCCACCAAAGCCCGUGCCCCCGCCUACACGUUUAGAGGGACCAAACCGCCUGCGGCAGGGAGCUGCGGGCCAGGUCCCUGCUACUUUGUGGAGCCCGCCAUCACCAGGAACGGGAAGUACGUGGCUCCGGGCGCCCAGCUCCGGGGACGACCCGCGACGAAGACCACCGUCACUCCCGGACCAAGUGACUACCGCACCGAGGCAGCCAACAGGCACGUCUUCAAGUGCCCACCGGUGCAGUCCAUGGCCUUCCGGCGGGAGCCCCUCCGGACAGACCACCCUCCAGGUCCUGGCACCUACACGCUGCCCAGGCUGAUGGGGCCCAACACAGUCUACACAUCGGCCAGCCCCUGCUACUCUGUGAGGGGAAGGAGCCAGCGAGGUCGGUUUGACGAAGACCUUGCCAAGACUCCGGGUCCUGCGGCGCUCCCCAAAGUGCCUGUGGAUGCCUACAAGACCAGGGCGCCCGCGUACACGAUGGCAGCCCGACCAAAAGCUGGAGAGGGCAAAGCAGCGAAGCCCGGGCCGGCAGACUACAGCGUAGGCCGGGUGACGCUGAUCAAGCCCCAGGCGCCUGCAUCCACGUUUGGAAUCCGGCAUUCCCUCUACACAACCCCUCUCAUCGUGGAGUGAAACAGCAAAGCCUGGAAGGCCUGGUUUCCUUUCCUGGAACGGAAGGGGAGGGGAAGAGAGAGCGACCAUCUGCCGGUUUCCCUUUGAUUCCAUUUCCCUGCCUCGUGCCUCGGGUUGGGCUUUUGCCCAUUUUACUGUUGGAUGCCAGCGAUAGGAGUAAGUCGUUAAUAAAAUGUACCUUUAUGUAUA